UCAAGAUAAUACAACUCCACCCGCAGUGAGCGACGAUGGCGCCUGCGUAUGCGCACAUACUGGCGGCCGCGGCUGCGCUGCUUGCAUACGACACGCUUGCCCAGCGGAAUCCAAUCAAAGAGGCUUUGCUGCUCCACAGCGACAACUUCACCAACGUGUCGUUUGAGGACUGUAUCUGGAAGAGGGACCGGGAGCCGUGUCCAGACCCCGACGUCUUCCUGAAUUUAUACACGGAGGCCCAGCCCGAGAAAAAACUUGUGGACCUAUCAAGCGAGGAUUGGCUGCGUCAGAGCGGCUGGGAGCCGGCGCACGAGACAGUGCUGAUCAUCCACGGGUACGCUGGCGGGGAUGACACUCUGCCUAUCACUGUGCUGAGAGAUGCCUACCUCCGCCGCGGCGGUUACAACGUCUUCAUGCUGGACUGGGGGGCGCUCUGCCAGCCUCCGUGCUACGUCGCAGCCGUCCACAACCUCCGGCCGGUGGCGCGGUGCGCGGCCGAAGCCCUAGGGUCGCUGCGGCGCGCGGGCCUCCGCCCUGACAGGCUGACUUGCGUGGGCCACUCCCUUGGAGCGCAUCUCUGUGGCAUCAUGGCCAACUUCUUGUCUUUUAGACUGAAUAGGAUCAUUGGUCUAGACCCUGCCCGGCCAUUGAUCCGUUCUGCGCCGGCGCUGCGCUUAGACCCGGGCGACGCACGCGCAGUCCACGUGCUACACACCAACGCCGGCCGCUAUGGAGAGGCGUCCAGACUUGGGCAUGCGGACUUCUGUCUCAAUGGCGGUCGCAGCCAGCCAUUUUGCGAGGACACGCCUAACGAGGCGCUCUGCAGCCACAUCUGGUCCAUUUGCUACCAGGCGGAGAGCCUGUUCCGCGCGCGGGCGGCCACGCCGUGCGGGCGGCGCUGCUCCGUGCGAGUGCCGCCCGCGCGCGCCGCCGUGCUGCCCGUGCCGCUCGGCCAGCCCGCGCCCAUGACAGCAUCAGGCGCAUACUGCGUGGAAGACUACACGCCUCCAUUCUGCCCGGACACAUCUAACGCGGCGGAGGGCGACCGCCGCUGCUGCCUGGACGAGCAGUACGCGGCCGCCGCCAGCGCGCCGCCCGUGCGCAAGCGGCCGCGCCCGCUCGUGCGGCUGCGCGCGCGCAGGGUCAACGCGCCCGACGACAACGCCCUACAUGAUGAUUAAACUCACAAUUGUGGGCCCAAUAGAUUUAGUCAUUCUCUGAACCCAAUUAAACUUUUGCUUUAUUCAGUUUUGUAUGGCCAACAUAAGAUUUAAAUUAUCUUGCUAAAGAAUAUUUCUUAGCGGAGGGCGAGGGCGACCGUUGCCAGCGGUGCGCAGGCGGCCGAAUUGGUAAUGAGGCUGCGCGCGCGCAGACGUAAUAAGUGCGAGAACAUCGCUCUGCAUGAUGAUCAAUGUAAUGUUUUACCUUAUUAUGUGCCCGACAUUAGUAAUAAGCUGUCUGAACUGUAAUCUUUGCCUUUGUCAGAUUUAUUUAAACAUUGAGCAAUAAACUUUAAAAAUAAUGAUUUUAGGUAAAUUUUAUAGGUAACGAAUUAAACAAUUACGUAGAUACAUAAUGCAGGCAAAAUGUUACCAGUUGUUGAAGGUGGCUAAGUUUCUGUGCUGUUCAAUCAAUCAAUUGAUGCCAAAGGAUGUCAAUUGAAAGUGGACACGUGUUACCUUUUUUCAUAUUUUUUCCAAGGUUGUAUGGACGGGGUUUGUAAAUUUCUGACGUUAGAAAUGAUUUUCGAAGGUAAAUGUUUUCUAUUGCAUACAAAUCGGGCUUCUUUACCACCUACUUACUGAAUAAAUAUUAAAGGUUUUAACCACAUUUUAAUGUUAGAUAGGAAUUUUUAACAAAAAGAAAUUAAAUCUUUCAUAAAUUUUAUUUAAUGACAUUUCAUCAUUGCUACAAAUUAUUGUUUCCUUGUAAGGUACAUCAUAAUUGCAUUUUCUAUGUAAGGCUACGGUGAUGACAAAUUUAAACCAUUUUUGUAAUAGGUUGUAUACAUGAGUAAGCUCACUAUAGAUAAAUAGGUAUAAAUUAUUCUUUAAAUUAUUUAUUAAAGCUAAAUCGACUGAAGACAGAAUUGGAGCCAAAGAAAUUAAGUCUUAAGAGGAUAUAACAGGGUCCAUUUUUCUAUAUAAAAAUAAAGACAAUUUCAUAGCUAAAUAUGUCUUCAAAUCUCAUGAGAAGAUGCGCAAAAAUAAAUAAUUGAAAAAAAAACACACACAACCGCAAACAAAUAUCAUCAAUAAAAACGAACCUUGGACCUCCAAUACGCCCACUGACAUUUUAACCACUGCACAAUGAGGGAGGUAAAAUUUAAACAUUGUCCCUGUUGUAUCCUCAUUCUUGCAAUGACACAAAUGUAUAUUAUUAAGUACAGAAAAUCUCAUUAAAUAUUUUUUGAAAGCAUUGGUUUCAUUUAAUCAAUUUAAAAAAUUCCCAACGAUAAUC